AUGGACAGGGGAAAUUGCUCUGCCUUGAAUGAAUUCAUUUUCCUGGGAAUUACUGGUAACAGAGAUAUCAAAGUGAGCCUUUUCUCUGUGUUUCUUCUGGUUUAUCUCUUUGGUCUCCUGGAAAACCUUGGCAUGAUGACUGUAAUAAUGGCGGAUCCCCAUCUGCACACACCCAUGUACUUCUUCCUCAGCCACCUCGCUCUCUGUGAUCUCUGCUACUCCACAGCAAUUGGGCCCAAGAUGCUGGUGGACUUGGUGGCCCAGAGCAGGACCAUCUCUUUCUUGGGCUGUGCUCUGCAGUUUCUGACCUUCUGUAUCUUUGCAGACUCUGAGUGUCUGCUGCUGGCAGUGAUGGCCUUCGACCGGUACAAGGCCAUCAGCAGCCCCCUGCAGUACACAGCCCACAUGUCCAGCAGGCUGUGCUCCCUGCUGGUGGUGGGGGUUUACCUGGUGGGCCUGGCAGAUGCUCUGAUACACACUACGCUGGCAUUCCGCCUGUGUUUCUGUGGGUCCAAUGAGAUCAAUCAUUUCUUCUGUGAUUUGCCUCCACUUUUUCUCCUUUCCUGUUCUGACAUAGAAGUCAAUGAGCUGGCUUUAUUCACUGUUUUUGGAUUCAUUGAACUGGGUACCAUCUCGGGAGUCCUUGUCUCUUAUUGCUAUAUUAUCCUAUCAGUCAUAAAGAUCCGCUCUGCUGAAGGAAGGUUCAAAGCUUUCUCCACCUGUGCCUCCCACCUCACUGCAGUUGCCAUUUUCCAGGGAACCAUGCUCUUCAUGUACUUCCGUCCCAGUUCUUCCUACUCCCUGGAUCAGGACAAAAUGACCUCACUGUUUUACACUCUUGUGAUUCCCAUGCUGAACCCUCUGAUUUACAGUCUAGGGAACAAGGAUGUGAAAGAGGCCCUGCAGAAGCUGAGAAACAAAAACUGGUUUUAA